CCGAUCCCCGCCUCGUACCCCGCGGGGAGAUUAAAAGAGGAUGAGGAAUGGGCGGCUGCGUCACAACGCUCGGCUCUUAGUUCGCUCCUCCCGGCCUCCUAAUUCCCCUCUUGACCUGCCAUCAUGUCGUCUGCACUGCUCAGGACCGUCUCGCGCGGCGCUCGCCCGCUAGCUGCCACUCGACCGCUUGCUGCUAGGACGUUCGCCACGUCGCGAUGCGCGCGCCAGCAGCUAGCGUCGCUCGAUACCCUGACAGAUGAGGAGCAGAUGCUCAAGGAAAGCGUCCAGCGCUUCGCCGCCGACGUCGUUGGGCCCAAGGUUCGCGAGAUGGACGAGAAGGAGAUGAUGGACCCCUCCAUCAUCUCUGCCCUCUUCGAGCAAGGUCUCAUGGGCAUAGAAACCCCGGCUGACUUCGGGGGCGCCGAGUCCUCAUUCACGGCGGCCAUAAUCGCGAUCGAGGAGCUCGCGAAGGUCGACCCCUCCGUCUCCGUCAUGUGCGACGUGCACAACACGCUCGUCAACACCAUCUUCCGCAAGUACGGGACGAAGGAGCAGCAGGAGCAGUGGCUGCCCCUGCUCGCCGAGUCGAAGCUCGGGUCGUUCUGCUUGUCGGAGCCUGCUGCCGGUUCGGAUGCGUUCUCGCUGCAAACACGCGCGAAGAAGGAGGGCGACCACUACAUCAUCAACGGCUCAAAGAUGUGGAUAACAAACUCGUAUGAGGCGGAGGUCUUCCUCAUCUUUGCCAACACGGAUCCAAGCAAGGGAUACAAGGGUAUCACUUGUUUCGCCGCGACCAAGGACAUGGGCAUUCAGAUCGCGAAGAAGGAAGAGAAGCUCGGCAUCCGCGCCUCAUCAACGUGCACGCUCAACUUCGAUGACCUGAAAGUGCCAGCAGCGAACAUCAUUGGCGGUGAAGGCCAGGGGUACAAGAUCGCCAUCGAAAUCCUUAACGAAGGCCGCAUUGGCAUCGCCGCGCAGAUGGUCGGCCUCGCGCAGGGCGCCUUCGACAAGGCCGUGCCCUACACCUUCGAGCGCAAGCAGUUCGGCAAGCCCGUGGGCACCUUCCAGGGCAUGCAGUUCCAGAUGGCGGAGGCCGCGGUCGAGAUCGAGGCCGCGCGGCUGCUGACCUACAACGCGGCGCGGCGGAAGGACCAGGGGCUGCCGUUCACGAAGCAGGCGGCGAUGGCGAAGUACCACUCGAGCGUCGUCGCGCAGCGGGUGGCGGGGUCCGCGAUCGAGUGGGCGGGCGGCGUGGGCUUUACGAGGGAGACGGGGAUUGAGAAGUACUGGAGGGAUUCGAAAAUCGGCGCGAUCUACGAGGGCACGUCGAAUAUCCAGUUGCAGACAAUCGCGAAAUUCAUCCAGAAGGACUACGCAUAAGCGGCCUGACGCUGUAAUAUACCAAGUUCACGCAUGUAGCAAUAGAACAAAACUUAUCUAUCCUGUCCUGAUCACACUCUCGUCUUCUAACUCUCGUCUUCCUAUCGCGAGUCAGCCGAGCGUGUCGUCGGCGGUGCUGGUGAACGAUCCUUGAC